UCGGAGGACCUUUCGUCCACGGACCUAUCCCAGAAUGCAACGCUUCGGUCGGCACUAUAUGACGUACGCCCUCCGUAGUAAAUGCCCCCGCUACGUGCUGAUUAAUCAACUUCCGACAGUUACACACAGCACAUAGUAACACUGUUCUAUCGGCAAGAAAUCGCUUGUUAAAUUUCGGUGUUCUGAAGUGAAACCGUUACGGAAUUUCAAAAUGAGUACCAUGUUCGCAGACACGAUCCUCAUUGUGUUCAUAUCCGUUUGCACAGCGUUAUUAGCUGAAGGAAUUACAUGGGUGCUGGUCUACAGGACAGAUAAAUACAAAAGACUAAAGGCAGAGGUGGAGAAACAGAGCAAAAAGCUGGAGAAGAAGAAGGAAACCAUUACUGAGUCUGCUGGACGUCAACAGAAGAAGAAAAUUGAGAGACAAGAGGAAAAACUAAAGAACAACAACAGGGAUUUGUCAAUGGUGCGGAUGAAGUCUAUGUUUGCCAUUGGCUUUUGCUUUACAGCCUUAAUGGGGAUGUUCAACUCAAUCUUUGAUGGGAGAGUAGUUGCCAAGCUGCCCUUUGUCCCCUUGUCAUACAUUCAAGGCUUAUCCCAUCGCAAUCUGCUAGGCGAGGACUACACUGAUUGCUCUUUUAUAUUCCUCUACAUCCUUUGCACUAUGUCCAUCAGACAGAAUAUCCAGAAGAUGCUAGGCCUUGCCCCUUCUCGUGCUGCUACAAAACAAGCAGGGGGUUUUCUAGGUCCACCACCUCAAGCUGCCAAAUUCUCAUGAUUUCCUCAGGUGGUCUUCAAUCCGACCUCCUGAGCAGCUCUCUGAAAAGCAGCAUUCCAUGCUUCUUGGAGUGCAAAGGUGUUCUUCCCAUUCAAGGACAUUUUUACAAAUGCGUCCCUGAUACCACUUUGAGUCACCUCUUAGGUACAUUACAUUUUGUGUGUUUUAUUGUUACUUUCUGUUCAGUACAUUAUACAUUCAAAUGUGGCAGCAUGGGUAAUAAUGGAGAUACUGAAAAUAUAAAUAUUUUCAAGGUAGAUUUUUGUUAUGCUGGUGGUUCAUGUAUUUGGGGUGUAGACUCUACUACAUUCUUAAACCCAGUAUUUUAUCAAUUAAAUACAUUGUUCACUAUCAAGCUGUUAUGUAGACUUGGAUACAGUACCAUUUUAAGUGGUGCUUUCAACAAAGUCCAAUUUUCUAGUUUCUAAAUAUUUAUGGUUUGCUACAGAUGAAAUAUAACCAUUAUUUGCUACUAUGUAACAGUUUGCAUGGGAGCAAUAAAAACAAUCAAGGAA